CCCCCUCCUCCCCUACGCUUGCCCGGUGAGGGCGCCAAGAUGGCGGCGGCGGCGCCGGGAGGCGGCGGCUCCUGCGGAGGAGGCGCCGGGAGCGGGGGAGGCCCCGGGAGCGCCGGGAACGGCACCGGGAGCACCGGGAACAACGGCGGGAUGGAGGUGGAUGGGGCAGUGGCGCAGGUGAUGGCCGGAGGAGUGACCGGCAGCGUUUCCGUGGCUCUGCACCCCCUGGUGAUCCUCAACAUCUCCGACCACUGGAUCCGACUGCGCUCCCAGGAGGGACGGAACGGGCAGGUGAUCGGGGCUCUGAUCGGGCGCCAGGAGGGUCGGAACAUCGAGGUGAUGAAUUCCUUCGAGCUGCUGGCUCACACCUCGGGGGGACACGUGCUCAUCGACAAGGAGUACUACUACACCAAGGAGGAGCAGUUCAAGCAGGUGUUCAAGGACCUGGAAUUCCUGGGCUGGUACACGAUGGGGGGGCCCCCCGAGCCCGCCGACAUCCACGUCCACAAACAGGUUUGUGAGAUCAUCGAGAGCCCCCUGUUCCUGAAACUGAACCCCAUGACCAAACACACCGACCUCCCCGUGAGCGUCUUCGAGUCCGUGAUCGACAUCAUCAACGGAGAGGCCACCAUGCUGUUUGCCGAGCUGCCCUACACGCUGGCCACCGAGGAGGCCGAGAGGAUCGGGGUGGAUCACGUGGCCAGGAUGACGGCGACGGGCGGAGGGGAGAACAGCACUGUGGCAGAGCACCUGAUUGCCCAGCACAGCGCUAUCAAGAUGCUGCACAGCCGCGUUCGCCUCAUCCUCGAGUACGUCCGAGCCGCCGAGGCCGGGGAGGUUCCGUUCAACCACGAGAUCCUGCGCGAGGCCUGCGCCCUCUGCCACUGCCUGCCCGUGCUCAGCACCGACAAGUUCAAAACCGACUUCUACGACCAAUGCAACGACGUGGGGCUGAUGGCGUACCUGGGCACCAUCACCAAAACCUGCAACACCAUGAACCAGUUUGUGAACAAAUUCAACGUCCUCUACGACCGCCAGGGCAUCGGCCGCCGCAUGCGGGGGCUCUUCUUCUGAGCCAGAAACGGCAAAAAACGGGAAAAAACGGGAAAAAACGACCCGAAAACGGGAAAAAACGACCCGGAAAUGGCCAGAAACUACCCGAAAAUGGCCCAAAACGGCCAAAAAUGACCCAA